AUGGGUAUAUUCUCACAGCCGCCAUUAAUGGAAGCAGAAGAAGUGCUGCAGCUCAUCGACUCUGGUUGGUUCGGCCAUGAUAUUUCCACAGAAAAACAACCUUCGACAGCUCCUCCGACAGCCCCUGUUCAUGAAAUCCCAAGCGAAGCCCCAAAGCCUGCCAUCUCUCGCCUUCCCACGAUUCUUGUUCGAUCUCGGAGCGACGAUUUGAGUUUCAAAACGAGCUUCAAAUCAAAUUCUCCUUCCCCGAAUUCAGUUCUUCUCAUAGCAAAACUCCAACCAAUUCUUUCAGGCAAAGAAGUUGUAGAAGUUGCAGAAAGCAACACGAAUCAAGAAAAGAUCGAAAGAGCUGUUAAGAAAAAGAGGGACUUGAGAAGGAGGGGUAGCAGCAAAAGUUUAUCAGACCUUGAGUUUGAAGAGCUAAAAGGGUUCAUGGAUCUGGGUUUUGUUUUCUCUGAAGAAGAUAAAGAUUCACGUUUGGUUUCUAUCAUUCCUGGGUUACAGAGAUUGGGGAAAAAAUCUGAUGAAAAAGAGACAACCAUUGACGAAUCAGCAAUUCCAAGACCUUAUCUUUCAGAAGCUUGGGAUCUUCAGAAUCGAAGAAGUGAAGAGAUCCCAUUAAUGAAUUGGAGAUUUCCUGCUUCCGGUAACGAAAUCGACAUAAAAGAUCAUCUCAGAAGUUGGGCUCACACAGUUGCAUCUACUGUUAGAUGA